UAUUUUCCUAGUUUAUUGGUAAAAUGGCCAUCCACAUCAAAGACGCCGACGACCUGAAGACCAGGCUGUCUGAGGCUGGCGACAAGCUGGUGGUCAUCGACUUCAUGGCCACCUGGUGCGGGCCCUGCAAGAUGAUCGGGCCCAAGCUAGAGGAGCUGGCCAACGAGAUGGCUGAUGCGCUGGUCGUGCUUAAGGUGGACGUGGACGAAAACGAGGAAAUAGCCGCCGAGUACAACGUCAACUCCAUGCCCACCUUCGUGUUCUUGAAGAACUCCAAGAAACUGGAGGAGUUCUCCGGCGCGAACGUCGACAAGCUUAAGAACACUAUCCUCAAGCUGAAGUAGAGCGUCGGCGACGGACUGUGUACUCGGGGGUAGGGUUAGACCAAAAACAGCAAAUAACACG